ACGGGUUAUUUAGGAUGAGAAAUCUGGUGGCAUUUUUCAAUGGAGGCUUUACUCUCUUCUUCUUCUUUAUCGCUCAAAAUUCCGAGCUCAACAGAGAACAGACUCGCCGGGCACUCAAAAUCAACGGCUAACGUUACAUCUCACAGGAGAUGGAAUUCGUUGAUCAGGAAUCAACGGCUGGCAACCAGGAUUGCAACGGUUGAUAAUCUUCCGACGACUGCAGCAGAUCCGGCGCAGGUUCAGAUAAGUUGGCAAAUAAUCGUUGGAGCUGUGGCUGGGGUUACACCCUUCGUGGUGGCAGGAAUUGAAUUUAGCAAAAGAAUAAUGGCACAAAGAAGGUGUGAAACCUGUGGAGGGUCAGGACUUGUUUUAAUGAACAACGAAGAAUAUGUCAGAUGCCCUGGUUGUGGUGGAUUUUUACCUUGGCAAUCAUGGAAACGAUUCUUUUCUGGUUUAACUUUUGGAAAUUCCAUGUUUCUUUUUUUAUGUAAUAAAUUUUAAUAAUUUGAAUUAGUUCUUUUUAACCCUAAAUUUUUGAAAUUGAAUCAUCUCUCUCUCCUCCAUCUCUGUUAGUAUAAACUACCUGUACUUUUUCAAGAUGUGGGUAAACUAUUCUCUCUACUGUAAUUAAUAAAUUUACCCUUCCCCUCUA